ACAUCGCAUUUCAUUAGGUUUUCGGAGGACUGAAAACAUUAUUCGCACCCUUGAGCUGGAGCUUUGGUUUUAUGGACGGAUUCUUGGCUUCCCUGUCGAAGGCAUUGAAGGGAUCGAAAUAUCUAAUAUGCCUGAGCAAUGAUGUGUUUUUUCUGCGUUGGACGUCAGCUGUACAUUGGAUCAGCUUAGAGGAAAUAUUCUAAAGCUAUGUAUACAAUUUAAGAUGAUAAUAAAGCUACAAAUGAUUAAAAAUACGACUUCCUUGGUUAUGGGCAGAUGAAUGAAACGUGUGUGCUACUGACGGUGUGUGGUAAAAUGUACAUUAUGGAGACCGUGACUGCCGUUAGUUAUAUGGUCCACACCGCGACUUCGACUGCGUUUUGCAAACGCUACUACAUCACACAUAUGGGAAUGGCGACCAAAGAAAACAAAACUAUUACAGAAGACGAGGCGGCCUUGUACGAUCGCCAAAUCAGAUUGUGGGGUGUUGAAGCACAACAAAGAAUCAGAAACGCCAAUAUUCUAGUUGCUGGGAUCAAAGGUCUCGGAAACGAGAUAUGUAAAAACUUGGUGCUUGCCGGUAUUGGGUCACUGACCAUCCUGGACCCCGAACCGGUCAUAAUACAAGACCUUGGUGCGCAGUUCUUCUUGACCGAAGCUGAUAUUGGCAAGAACAGAGCCGAAGCUGCCGCUAUCCAAGUGCAAGCCUUAAAUCCUCGAGUAGCAGUCCGAACGGAUAAGGAAGACAUUGAACAAAAGCCAGACGCGUACUUCGAACAAUUCGAUAUCGUAUGCGUUACAUAUGCAUCUCUUCCCACUAUGAUUCGACUGGAUGCUCUCUGUAGGGCCAGAAAGAUCCCUUUUUACGCCGCAGAUACCUUUGGAAUGUUUGGUUAUAUCUUUUGUGAUCUUCAUAGUCAUCAAUACAUUCAAGUGCGUAAGGAAGAAGCCACAACAAAAAAUGCUACGCCAAGAGAAAUUUCCGAGCCUCGAGUAGAGGAAUAUUGUACAUUGGUGCAAUCUUUAGAUCGAGACUGGAGCGAUAUCACUAAGGGACAGCUGAAGAAACGGGUGUCCAAAGCAUUUCCAAUGACUUUAGUGAGAUAUCGAUUUCAAGAAUUGCAUGACCGUCUCCCUACGGAAGCCGAUGAGCGCGAGCUGGGUACCUUGCGAAACGACUAUUUGCCUCAACUUGGCUUCAAGGAUCUGACGUUUUUAGAUGACUCAAUGAUAGAAAUUCUUGCACAGACAGCAAAUACUGAGAUCUCCCCAGUGUGUGCUAUUGUUGGUGGAAUUCUAGCACAGGAAAUCAUCAAAGUUCUUUCUGGUAAAGAACUUCCGAUACAAAAUUGGUUCUUCUACGAUGGCAUAGCAGGAUCGGGUCUCAUCCACCAUAUAGAAAAAGGAAAAUCGAUAAUACUGCAGUGAUAGAUCAGCCUGUCCGAUAGAAAACAGUUAUGCACAGUAAUCCAAUGACAAAAUAAUACGUUGUGACUUUUUGGUCCCCAGUUAUCUUGAA